AUGACUCUGGAUCUCCGGACUCUCGAUCACGUUAAGACCUUUUAUUCUAUUGUCUUUUCUUUCCGUCGCGCCCAUAGCGGCGGGGGGUUAUUGAACUUGCUCAGUAGCGCGAGAGGUCUAAUCGCAAAAAGCGGAGAAGAGGAGACAAGAUCGACGGCGAAAGAGAUCGGCUGCUCGGAAAGAGAUCUACCAUCGCAAUUGCCGUGGUUUCACGGAUAUGUUAAACCCCUGAUUAUCCAGACGGGUCCGUUACGCUUUCAUGACGAUGUUACACGUUUGCAGUUUUUACUCGUGCUGGUGGCGAUGACGGUCACGGCAUGGCCCUCAUUCUUGGGACACGAAGGCCACAAUCUUGGGGCAGAUGAGCCAAAGCUCAUCUCGCAAUCAGUACAUUUGCGCGAGGUGCCGACAAAAAUAAUCAAGGUCACCAAGACAGUAGCCAUCAAGAUUCCUGUGCCGUAUCCCGUUAAGGUACCCUAUCACAUUCCAAUUCCGAUACCGGUGAAACAUCCCGUAGCAAUUCGAGUACCGCAGAUAGUGAAAGUGCCGCAGCACGUGCCAGUGCCAGUGGAGAAGCCUGUCCCGGUGGAACUGCAUCAGCAGGUGCCGUUUUUGAUAUCUAAACCGGUGCCUGUGCCACAUCCGGUCCCCAUACCACAUCCGAUUACUUUGACCAAGCCGAUCUUUAUCCCGGUGCCGAAGACAAUUCCGAUUCCACAAUCGAGUCACGACGAAGGCGGCACUUCCGCUGGGACCGAAGGCGGAGGUGAUCACGCUAGCCAUGAGACGACCAACUACAGUAGUUAUACCUCUCAAGGCCAUGAGGCCUACGAUCAGCAAAGCAGCGAUCAGCGGACCCAGUUUCAGCCAUCCCAGGCCGACUACUCGGCGAAUCAUUAGUUUUCGAAAUACGGACAGGACAACUAAUUGUAACAGCGUGCAAAGUCUUCUGAAAGGAAAAGUAAAUCGAGAAGUAUAAAUCAUUGACGUAUGAUAUACGUGAGCUGGUUACCUUGAAAACGGUUUAAGCGGAACGCUAAAGGGUUUCGAUAAGUAAAAUACAAGUACUAAAUGAUGCCCUUUCUUGGAAACUUGACAUAUUCCACUUUCAAAGUCGAUCGUUCGAUACAUGAAUAUAGAAUCAUGUCUUCAAACUUGCAGUAACUAUGGACCACUUUUGAAUUAGAAGAUUAAAUUUAUAAAAGAAAAAAGAAGAAUUAGCUCUUGGAAAUUAACUUUAUA